CAUCAUCAUCACCAUCAUCAUCAUCACCAUCAUCACGACGCAGCACGUGCUGCUCCUGCUGUUCCACUUCCGGCACCGCGACAGCCAUCCCUUACAGUAUUAAGCCAGGACGUCUUGACUCAGUGUGCCGAUCGACCACGAAAGCAUCUGGGAUCACAGCUCUACUCUACCGAGGUCGAUAUUGCAUCAGCAUCCGAGCUCUCUGCUGACGCAACCAUCAAGUUCAGCAGCAAAUUCAAGCCCAUUCCGUAUUUCGAGGGCAAGGAAAACUGCACCUUCACCCUCCGGGUUCCUCGCUAUUAUUUCGGCUCGUCGGCGGAUGACUCUCCUGGCGACCUCGAGACUGAGGAGGGCGGACACGAACGGCCUGAACGAUCUCCCAAUUACAGCUUCGAAGAAAUAUGCCGCCGCCGCGAAAUAUGGGGCACAGACAUCUAUACAGAUGACUCUGAUCCCAUCGCUGCUGCUGUGCAUGCUGGCUGGAUUCAAGGUGCCUUUGGUGACCUUGAUGAAGACAUUCGCCAGCUUCGAGUCGGCCCGAACCAGUCUAACGAUGUGAAUGACACAAGUGACGCCAUUGCCGAUGCACCUGCUACACCCCUUGCCGUCACGGCUGUGCCCUUAAAACCACUUCCUAUACCUGUCGGUCACGACGCUCACAUAACCCUUCUCAUCCUUCCGCCGCUCACGCAAUAUGCUUCAACGCACCGUCACCACAUGCAUUCACGCCCUUGGCCGUCUCACCACGAUGGCAUGAGCUUCGCCAUCCAUCGCAUCGACUUCGUUCGUGAAGGCCCAAUCGCUCGCUUCGCUGAACGUGGCGCCAAGGCCCGCAAAGCGAGAAUC